AUGGCCUCCACCUCCGCUAUAUUAUACACCCCCGAUCCAGAAGGGGACAAACAAGGAAAUAAAUCUGCAUGCAUCCAAUAUGCCUCCGAACCACUGAGUGGUUCUGAUGCUAAUAAAUCGAUCUCAUUAUUCAUUUCGUUAUCAUGUAUCUCAUCCAUGUCAGUGCUAUUUGGACGCAAGACUGCAGGGACCAAAGUCAGCACGAUCAACUAUACUCGAGGUUUGGUAGUGGCUCUGUAUAUUGUCCCAUGGACCUUCUCGUUGGUUGCAGCUAUGCUGGUCCAAACCAAUAACUUUAAUAUCGUCUCAUGUGUCAUCUCUAUAUACUCUUGCAUUAUCCUAUACGCCCUCAGCAAAAUCUUCAUUUAUCUUUUCCUAAUGGAGAAGAUCUAUGUUGUGACAGCUGUAGGAGUUACUCGAUUCAACUUUAUGCUUUACCGCAUCAACUUAGCCCUGCUUCUUCCAUAUGUUGGGAUUUUUGCCCUCAUGAUUGUCUUCCGUGUUUCUGAGGUUAAAGAAAACGGCCAUUGCAUGAUAGGGCUUUUGCCGCCUGCUUCUGUGACCCUGAUUCUCUACGACAUCUUCAUUUCCAGUUGGUUGACAAUGUUGUUCAUCCGUCCUCUCAUGUCAUCAACGUCAUUGCUUCAGGGGCCCUCUAAGGGCAGGCUUCGUGACGUUGCGCGUCGUACAUUGGUGGGAUCUCUGAUUUCACUCGUGCUCAGUACUGCAAACGUAUUCACGCUCGUACUCUUCAAGGGUCAAGAACGUGGUCUCAUCUGUUUAGCCUCCUGCACUGUCGAUGUGACGCUCAACGCCAUGAGUGUUCACUGGGUGACCUCUCGUGGGACUGGACGAUUGACCUCAAGUAACAAUCAUAAUAUUGAACGAUCCUCCGCUGACAGGCGUCAUCACCUAAGCACCCAAACAAAUUCAGAAAAACAGGUCGCUCCCCUCGAGUCCCAUGCUUCGGUCACAGUCGAGAGAUAUGUAGAGCAAUACCACCAACAGACAAGUAUCGGAAGCAGCAGCUCCCCAUCCUACUAA